GAAUCAUUGUGAGCGGUGACCUCAGCGUUCUUGCCCCACGGGUGCAGGGCUUUCUCAGUAACAUCAACAUGGACCUUGCCACGAUGAACUCGAUCUUGCUGGAGCAGAAACUCUCAGGUGAGCCAUGGGAGUCCGCGAUGUGUGGCUGGCUGCAAGACAACACACAGAUCUGGCAAGAUUGGCUGCCGGAUGACUCCACCUGUUUCCCAAAGUUUGGCUUGUACAAUGAGAACACCGAGCAGUUUGUUCCCAAUCGAGACGACAAAGAGGGUCUCAGUUGCCGUGCUUGUCCGAGCGGAACCUAUUCCAAGCAGCUCAAUGAUGAUGAUGGGACGACCUACAUUUGUGAGGCCUGCUCUGCAGGCACAAGCCAGCCUUCUGGUGCUUCCUUGGCCUGCGAUCCGUGUUUGAGGGGUGAGUACCAAAACGAGCUUGGUAAGCAAACCUGCAAGCGAUGUAAUGUGGGCUACUACCAGGAUGAAGAAGGUGGCCCUACCUGCAAAAAGUGUCCAGACAACAGUCGCACCCUUCAGUUGGGCUCUUUGUCUUUCACAGACUGCGGUUGCAUAGUCGGCUACAUCAACGUUGCAAAUGCUACUGCAGGCAAUUUGAGCUGCACAAAAUGCCAAGAGGGCUUGACCUGCCCGGUGAUGGGCACCUUGACCAGCUUGGUUGACGGAAGUCAUCCCCUGGGCAAAGACUAUUUGGCCAAGGUGGCCGAGGAUUACUAUGUUACGGCGGAUGCACCUUUGGAGGUCUACCGCUGCGGAAGCGUCCAGUCUUGCCCUGGUGGAUUGCCAGCGCAGUGCAACGGUGGCUUGGUCGGUGUGCCCUGCGGCGAGUGCGCACCAGGCUACAACCUUAGCGAAGGGAAAUGCGAGGAGUGCGAGGAUUCCUUGGUGGUGCUUUGGGCACUUGGUGUCAUGUGUGUUUUCCUCUUCCUGACGGCUGCUUACUACUUGAUGACUUCAAAGGUGACGGCAAAGGCCUCUGUGCUCUUCACCACCACAUGUGCCUUUGGGAUGCUCAUUUCUUUGCUGCAGAGCAUUGGUAUUAUCGGCACCAUGACGGUGAACUUUCCAGUUGAUAUCGACUCCUUUUUCGGGUGGUUCUCCAUCCUAAUGCUGGAUCUCGACAACUUCGGCUUUGCCUGCCUAGCAGGAAGCGAUACGAGCCUUCGUUACUCAGCGAGUGCAUUGUUCUUUCCGUUGGGCAUUGCCUGGUUUGCGCUCAAUUACGGAGUGAGCCGACUGGUGCCGAAGUAUCGUUGGGAUAUCACCAAGGUUGCAAGCUGCAUGGGGCAGUUUUUACAGGUGGGUUUCUCAACCAUGAGUGCGACUGCGCUGAUUCCCUUGACCUGCUACACUCAUCCCAACAAAUUGCAGAGUCUCUUGAAGUACCCGAACGUGAUUUGUGGCUCAGACACACACGGUGCGAUGCUUGCUGUUGGCCUUUGCUUGCUGAUCAUCGGUGUCUUCGGCUUCCUGACUUUGUGCACUUAUGCGGCUUACAUGGUACCAACAUGGAGUGCCUGCGACCAACACGGCCGUGUCCGCGCUUUCCGAUUCCUGGUCUUCCGAUUCCGGCUGGACAGCUGGUGGUUUGGAGUUCCACUGUUGACCCGUGGUCCUUUGAUUGCCUUCCCAUCGUGCUGGCCACAGACUAUCCGGCGGUGCAGACGGUCUGGGUGA